AACCAAACACCAGACCCUCCUCAGUUUCCUUCUGUUCCUGUGGAAGAGGCUAAAGAGGAGGAACAUGACAACAGCCCUGCAGCUGUUGUUGCACCACAGCCUGGACAACCUGAAUCAAGCGCAAAACCAGCAUUGGAACUUGUUCUGGCUCCUUCUGUUGCUGGAGAAGAGGCCAAAGAGGAGGAAGAUGGCAACAACCCUACAGCUGUUGUUGCACCACAGUCUGGACAACCUGAAUCAAGCGCAAAACCAGCAUUAGAACUUGUUCUGGCUCCCUCUGUCGCUGGAGAAGAGGCCAAAGAGGAGGAAGAUGGCAACAACCCUACAGCUGUUCUUGCACCACAGCCUGGACAACCUGAAUCAGUCCUGCUAGAAGAUCAUGGGAAGAUUGCUUUGUUAGAGAUGCAGACUCAGGGAGAGCUGUUUCAAACCCAGCAGCAGCUAGAGCAGCAGGAGGAAGAGCAGAGAGAGAAUGGGCAGAACAUCAAGGCAAAACUGCAAGCACAGCUGCCCGAAGCUUCGAGGAAGACCAAGGCAACUGAGGAGAGACAUGAGGAUGAAACAAAAAGCAUCCGAGAUGAAAUGAAUCUAUUUCAGCAGAGAGAGGAUCUGCAAAACGAGGUAAGGGAAACAGUGGCAGGAACUCCCGUAAAGAGACUUUCUCUUCCCCUCUGCUUACAGAACAGCAAGGAAAAGCUGCAAGCGCAACUGCAGAGAGCUUGGAGUGAGAUCAAGGCCAUGGAGGAAAGGCACGAGGAGGAACUGAAAAAUAUCCAACAGGAUGUGAGUCUCCUACAGCAGCAGCAGAAGACUCUACGAAAACUGGUGGAAGAGCUGACAUCUCAUCUGGCAGAACCCAAAUUGUCCCAGCAAGUGACUGGCAACAAAGGUCAUCAAGAUCAGAGCAGGGGAUGGGAGCGGCCAAGGCCAAGGCAGGAGGUGUUGGAAGUUGAGCACUUCCAGAAGACGGUGGAAGAAAAGAAGACUCAAGAUGAGGAGAUCUACACAGGCUCUGUCAUUGAACCCACUGCUGCAGUAGCAUGGUCUGAAGAAGCCUCCACUCCCGAGCCUGAAAGCUUGACAGCGAGCAAUUCGCUCAGCUCAAGCCAGCUGGAAGCUUUUCUGCAAGAUGUGGUAGAGAAGGCGUCCCUGAACAUACUGAGGAGAAUGGUGAGCGUGGGAGAUCCUUUGCAGAAAUACAUUGAAUUGGAAAAUAUUGGCAGUGGGGCUUUUGGAGCUGUUUGUAAAGCACUUGACACUGCCACCGGAGGACAGGUGGCCAUAAAGAAAAUCAGUCUUCAAGAAACCAGCAAGGAACUAACUCUUAAUGAAGUUGAGGUCAUGAGGACAAAUAGGAAUUCCAACAUUGUCAACUAUUUAGACAGCUACAUUGUGGAGGAGGAACUCUGGCUGGUCAUGGAGUAUGUGGAUGGAGGCACUUUAUAUGAUGUUAUCAGUGAGACAUGCAUGUCUGAAGGACAGAUGGCAGCUGUCAGUCGGGAGUGCCUGCAAGGACUAUAUUUCCUUCACUCAAAUGGGGUGAUCCACAGAGACAUAAAAAGUUCCAACAUUCUCAUCGGAACGGACGGAUCUGUCAAGUUGGCUGAUUUUGGCCUCUCUGCUCAGCUCAGCCUUGAGCAGAGUUACCGGAACUCAGUGAUUGGGACUUCUUGGUGGAUGGCACCAGAAGUUGUGAUAAGCAAACCAUAUGGUCCCAAAGUGGAUAUAUGGUCAUUUGGCAUCGUGGGACUGGAAAUGGUGGAAGGAGAAGUUCCUUACCAGAAUGAAACGUCUGUUCUGGCUCAGUACCUGAUAGCCACCGGAGGGGCACCCAAGCUGAAGCAGCCCAAGCAAGUCUCCAUUUGGCUGCGCGACUUUCUGACCUGCUGCUUGGAGACAGACCAGGACAGGCGCUGGUCUGCCGAGGAACUCCUGCAGCAUCCAUUUGUAGAAUCAGCCAAGCCUGCCUCCAGCCUGGUGCCCCUUAUCACUGCAGUGAAGAAGUGGAAGGAAGAGACAAGCCUUCAGUGACCAGUCCAGGACCAUUUUCUUCAGUGGCAGCUCUGAGCAGGACUCAGAAUAAAAACUCCAUGAAAC